AUGGAGGCGUUAUUCCCAACGAGCAUUCGGUACAGUUACUGCCGGCAGUCCGUAUUAGCCUGGCCGACACUGUGCUACCCGGCUUUAAGGGAUAUUUUGGCCUCCGCUUCCAACUCUCUCAUCUUUCUGCUUCUUCUGCCCGUCCUGUUUGCCAUUGGCGCCAGUGGUUUGCCGACAAGUCGGUUCCGUGUGCCAGAGGAAGUGGAGCCGGGCUACGUGGUAGCCAAUUCUGUCCAGUUGAAUGAGGUCUUUUGGUCGUCGGCCACCGGUGCCACGGCUGUCUGGGCCAACAGGUUGCCUAGCAUCGUGAACAGUCAAACACCGGGCGUUGCCGCGUUUGCAUUUCAAGCUCAGACCGGCUAUGAUGGGCCUGGACAACUCAGUUUGGUGGUCGUCGGUAGACUGGAUCGUGAGGCUUUGUGUCCCGAUGAACGGUCAACUGGAAGGUCGUUGUCGGCUUCGGCGACAUGGCAACUGAUGAGCACACCACUGCUACCGUUGCCAGGCGGCAUCUCUGAGGCGGAAAGAUCGGCAGACGAGGCCGGUAUGAUGCAGGCCAGUCCCGAUUGUGUUGUUUCACUGCGCGUGUUACACGCCGACAAGCAGCGCUUCUUUCGUAUCGACGUACAGAUUGACGAUAUCAACGAUCAUGCUCCGGCCUGGCCAAUGGAUCGGCAGACUCUCGAAUUACGCGACGGUGAUCCCGAGGGCAGUAUGGUUCGUCUGCCGCUUGCUCAGGAUCCAGAUGCCGGGAUGAACGGUCGUCUGGUGUACAGCCUUGACGACAAUUAUGUGACGCACUAUUCAGUACAGGUGAACGGCGAGGUGAUGCGCUUGCGCAUCAACGAUAUCUUCGAGCUGAAAAGUGUGCAAGACUCAUCCAACAGUCGGUCGGAUAAAGGCAUUGUCAACCAGGAGUUUGGCGAUCGAGUGGAGUCGAGCAAACAACUCUUCCUGCGCACCAGAUACAGCCUCGACCGCGAACUCAACCCAACCGGCUUCGAGUUGACCCUGAUCGCCCACGACUCGGGACUGUAUAAAUCACUUGCGGGUCAGAUUAAACUGUUGCUACGACUGACCGACAUCAACGACAACGCUCCCGUCUUCACACAAUCCGUGUAUCUGGCCGAAUUGGCCAAUCAAGCGCCGGGGCUGGUGCCCGAGAACACUCGAGUGGGCAGUCUGCUGCUACGUCUCUCGGCCAGGGACCAGGACGAAGGGGAAAACGCUCGUAUCACCUACCGUCUGGUAUCGGCAGCUGGGCCUAGCAACAGUGGCGGAGAGACAAGCACCAGUCGUGGCGGAGCCAGCGUUCACGGCGAGGCUGGAACGGGGCUGAUACAGCACUUUUUCGAGGUGCAUCCCGAGUCGGGCGAACUGCGAGUGGCUCGUCGCCUUCAGGUGGACCGGAUCGUCGAGGAGUCUGCAGGCCGAGGAGGUGGUCAGAUGCGUCUGCCUACGGAACCGAUCACUUUUGAGGUGGAAGCGGUUGAUGGCGCCCUGGCGCCCUACAUGAAGACCGGACACGCUAGCGUUCGACUUCAGAUCACCGACGUCAACGAUGAGACGCCGAGGAUCCGAGUUCACGCCCUCCGACCGGCCCCCGAAUCGCCCCGAGCCCCAGUCAACCAGAUGCCCUUGACCCCGGGUCAAAGAGUGGCCCAAGUCGAGGCCGGCCUGUUGGAGAAUGAACCGGCCGGGCAACUGAUCGCCUUGGUCGAGGCAAGUGAUCCCGACUUUGAGGGUCGUGACAUGGUCACCUGCGAGUUGUCAGGCGGCCAAGCAGACGACUUUCGCUUGGUUCCCCAGACCGACGCCGGCCACCUCGGCGGUGCAGCCUCGGAGGCCGGUUCCAUGAGUCCGGCCAGCCCUUCCGAGCUGACCGGUCUCGCCGGCAUCGCCACCUACCACCUGGUCACCCAGCGCCCUCUGGACAGAGAGACAAAGUCGCAGCUGCCCGUCUACCUGGUCUGCCAGGACUCGGACCAGCAGACGUCUACUCAACUUAUCCUCGUCGGACUCAUCGACGUCAACGAUCGGGCGCCCGUUUUCUCACGGCCCGUAUACACCUUCUCAGCGCUGGAAGAGGCAGGUCAGACGGCAGCAUCGUCAUCGACAUUCUCGGUCUCGGGAAAUCUGACCCGAGGGCAGAGCUCAUCUGCCCCGGCGGGCCGAGUCUGGCAGACGCAGUCGGGCCGGGCUUUCGUAUCGGCCAAAGACGCCGACGUCGGCGUGAAUGCUCGUCUCGCCUAUCGUCUCGAGCCGGUCAGCAUCGAUGCUUUCGACGAGACCGACUCGUCUGUAGGGGAAAGUAGUCAUCUGUUCCACGUCGACGCGGACACCGGAGAGCUGUUCAUUGUCGGCCGGCUCGAUCGGGAGAUCACGGAUCGGCACAUCUUCUUCGUGGUAGCACAGGACUCCGGCAAGCCGUCCUUCAGCUCCACCGCCAGCGUCAUCGUUCGAGUUCUCGAUGUCAAUGACAACGCUCCGUUUUUCGUAUUAGAUCGAGCCGCAGAAGACGAAGCCGGAUUGGAUGAUGUGGAUCCCUUCACGCCGGCCGGACUCGACACGAUGGCCAAUGAGCUUAUGCUACCCGAGACCGGCAUGCUUCAGGACGCCGUCAGCCUGGCCGGUCGUGGAUACCGAUUCUCGGUUGGGGAGAAUCGAGCCGUAGGCACGAUGGUCGGUCGGGUGGUCGCUGUCGAUCGAGACCUGCUUCCAGCCUCGCCGUCGGCAGUUCAGUUACGCCUGCCGGACUCGGAGCAGACGUCCUACGCAGAAGGGGAAGGAGAGACAAAGACGGCCGGCCAAGUGGUGCAACAAUUGUCGCAGACUCGGACAGAAGAGAAUCCGAGUCGAAAUGACCAGAUAGCAGCAGCCGGAAACGAACAAAGAGACCUCACCUACGCUUUAGGCGGCGGGGAAGCCAAAGACUUUUUCCGAAUAGAUUCAAGAACCGGAAAGAUUAUAACCAGUAUAUGGAUGGAGGGUCUAGAUCAAUCCUCUUGGGAGCGAGAGAAUUCGGACUCAUCAAACAACUACAAUUUGGCCUACGGCCUUGCCUCCUGUUUGGGUGCAGCCAGAAAAGUAAUCUUCACUUGA